CAGAAGACAGCAGUCUCUUCCCUCUUCCCCAGCUCACAGAGUUUGUUAGCUGGGCACAGGGUGCACAGCCCAGGCUGGGCUCCAUGGCUUCUGCAAGAGAUAGCAUGGCUGGGCAGCGGGCGCUGCUUCUAGUGGGCUUCUUUUACCCUGCGAUCCUGCUCUCAGAGGCUGCCAAGAUCCUGACAGUGUCUACAAUGGGUGGAAGCCAUUAUCUGCUGAUGGACCGGGUGUCUCAGAUUCUGCAAGAUCAUGGUCACAAUGUCACCAUGCUUAACCAAAGAGGAAAUUCUUUGAUGUCAGAUUUUAAAGAGGAGGAAAAAUCAUACCAAGUUAUCAGUUGGCUUCCACCUGAAGAUCAUCAAAGAGAAUUUAAUAAGAGUUUCAAUUUCUUUAUAGAAGAAGCUUUCAAUGGCAGAGGGAUAUUUGAAAACUUAUUGAAGGUGAAGGAACAACUGGGGUUUCAGUGCAGUCAUUUGCUAAGCAGAAGGGAUAUCAUGGAUUCCUUAAAGAAUGAGAACUUCGAACUGGUGAUAAUUGAAAGUUUUGACUACUGUCCUUUCCUGAUCACUGAGAAGCUUAGGAAGCCAUUUGUGUCCAUUCUCACCACGUCAUUUGCUGUUUUGGACUUCGGGCUACCAAGCCCCUUGUCCUAUGUUCCUGUGUACGGUUCCUUGUUAACUGACCACAUGGACUUCUGGGGACGAGUGAAGAACUUUGUGACUUUCUUCACUUUCUCUAGGCGACAAUGGCAAGUUCAGUCUAUGUUUGACAGCACCAUCAAAGAGCACUUCCCAGAAGGCUCAAGGCCGGUUUUGUCUCAUCUUCUACUGAAAGCAGAGCUGUGGUUCGUUAACUCUGACUUUGCCUUUGAUUUUGCCAGGCCCCUACUUCCCAACACUGUCUAUGUUGGAGGUUUAAUGGCCAAACCUACUAAACCAGUACCACAAUACUUGGAGAACUUCAUUGCCAAGUUUGGGGACUCUGGUUUUGUGCUUGUGACUAUGGGCUCCAUGGUGAACAUCGAUAGCUUCAAGGAAGUCCUCAAGGAGAUGAACAGUGCCUUUGCCCACCUCCCCCAAGGGGUGAUAUGGAGGUGUAAGCAUUCCCAUUGGCCCAAAGAUGUCAACAUGGCUGCAAAUGUGAAACUCAUGGAGUGGCUUCCUCAGAGUGACCUCCUGGCUCACCCCCGCAUCCGUCUGUUUGUCACCCAUGGCGGGCAGAACAGCAUCAUGGAGGCCAUCCAGCAUGGUGUGCCCUUGGUGGGCAUCCCUGUCUUUGGAGACCAGCCUGAAAAUAUGGUUCGAGUAGAAGCCAAAAAGAUUGGUGUCUCUAUUAAGUUAAAGGAGCUCAAGGCAGAGACAUUGGCUCUGAAGAUGAAACAAAUCAUAGAAGACAAGAGGUACAAGUCCGCAGCGGUGGCAGCCAGCGUCAUCAGGGGCUCCCACCCCCUGAGCCCCGCCCAGCGGCUGGUGGGCUGGGUCGACCACAUCCUGCAGACAGGGGGCGCUGCGCACCUCAAGCCGCGCGCCUUCCAGCAGCCCUGGCAUGAGCGGCACCUGCUGGACGUGCUGGGGUUCCUGCUGGGGCUCGCUCUGGGCACCGUGUGGCUUUGUGGGAAGCUGCUGGUCGUGGCGUGCAGGUGGCUGCGUGGGGCCAGGAAGCUGAAGGAAACGUGA